AUGACGCCAGCAGUAGCCAACAAGAGCCAGUUGAGGCGGACGACUCAGGGUCAGAAUCCGAUACCUCGGUUGUCUCCUGCCCCGAAACGUCGUCUCAUGAUCGGCAGCGGCGGCAAGGGCUGCCACGGCCGCCGAGUCUUCAUGCGUUCGACAUCAUUUCUCCCCCCCCCCCCCCCCCCCAAAGGGUUUGACCUCUCUGGCCUGUUUGAGGAGACGGGAGAAGACAGGUUCCCCUCCAAGGAGCCAGUUUCGAAGAUCAUUUCCAAAUCGGAGGAGAUCGCCAACUUGAUGAGGUUUACGGUGAGGAGAAAUGGCUGCCGGGUGGGCUUAGCAGGUACGAGAGAGGGGGAACAUGGGCCAUUGACAAUUGCAGUAGAGGUGUUCGAGCUUAUUUCAUCGAUCGUAGUCAUAGAGGUCACUAAGAAAGCAGGGGAUGGAGAGGUGUAUAUGGAAUUCUGCAACAAGGAGCUGAAGCCCAGGUUGCUCCACCUCGUAUUUGAGUCACCCCCUGUCGGCAAAACUUCUUCCAGCAACAAUUGGUUUAUCUGUUCAUACCGUGCAUGCAUCUCAGAAGCUGUAUCGGCAUUCGACCAGUGAGACAUUUAGAGAUGAAUAGGGCUUUUCUCAGUGUUCUGCCAGUCAUUCUCCCUGGUGGAUAAUACCGCUAUUUGCGACUCUAUUAAGCCAAAAGCCAAUGAUGUGCCACAAUUACUCUCUCUAUUGUCUCUCUCUCUCCAUCAAGAAGAGGUGUCAAGCUUUUGAGAGUUGUUCAUUUCAUGCUGUGAUUUCUUCAGCGAUCAAAAUCAUUGCAAUCAUAUUAAUUGUGUAUUGACAAGACCUAGUAAGGCUUCAUCAGACUCUCUUCGGAUCGACCCAGAUUGUGUUGCUCCAUCUUUGUGGUCUUAUUCUGAGUAGUUAGCUUUUGUGCAUAUGUGCACAGCCUUACAGCAUGGAAUUAGGAGUGACUUAUGCUUGUAUAGAAUAUGAACAUUUUUAUAAAUAAUACU